AUGGACUUCAGCCAUAUUGCCCAGCGAGGUCAAAUUAGGCUGGCAUCCACCGCGAACAAGGCAAAUUUACGCUUGACACAGCCGAGUAGUUGGGCGUUGCCAAAGCAAGAGAGCAGCAUUGCGCCCCCAGAUGUGUGGACGAAUGCCGACCAAGAUCCAGUCCCGCCCGAGAAACGGACCUGGACGAAGAGGGCCUUCUUCACCUAUUGGCUCUCUGAUCUUGUGACCAUUUCAGGUUGGGCAGCAGCUAGUUCCAUUGUUGCCACCGGGCUAUCUGCUACAGACGCCAUCAUCAUUGUCCUCGUAGCUGGUAUAUGCAAUGCUAUACCAACGGUAUUGAACGGGUGCAUGGGCUCUGAUUUGCACAUUCCAUUUCCUAUUGCAGCUCGGGCUAGUUACGGGUAUUGGCUGAGCUACUUCUGUAUCAUCAGCCGUGGUAUCCUGGCUCUGUUCUGGUUCGGUGUACAAAGUGCCGGUGGAGGUGACUGCGUUGCAGCUAUUAUCACUGCCAUCUGGCCCAGUUUUCAGACACUUCCAAACCAUCUCCCAGAGUCGGCGGGCAUCACAAGCCAGGGGAUGGUGUCAUAUCUACUGUAUUGGCUCCUCCAAUUCCCUCUCCUUCUAAUUCCUACGCACAAAUUGCAGUACCUAUUCAGUGUCAAGUCUGUUUUAGUCCCCCCAAUGGCUCUGGCCAUGGUUGUCUGGAUCUCUGUCAAGGCAGGCAGUAAUUCGGCUAGUUUCUUCAAUACUCCCGCUUCUGUCUCCGGCACUGCCAGAUCAUGGCUUUGGCUUUCCAGCUUGACCUCUGUCACAGGAGGGUAUAGUACCUUGGCUGUAAAUAUCUCUGACUUCUCCCGUUUCAGCAAGAAAAACAAAGACCCGUGGUGGCAACUUCCCAUCAUCCCAUUGCUGAAAACACUAGUCGGAGUUUUUGGCGUUAUUAGUGCUAGUGCUGCAAAAGAAGUCUAUGGGGAAGCCUUGUGGAACCCGCUGGAUAUUGUCAACCGCUGGCAAGGCUCUCCUGGGGGUCGAGCUGCUGCUUUCUUCUGUGGUGCCAUCUGGCUGCUUGCUCAGAUAUCGGUCAACAUUAGCGCCAACGCUGUCAGCUUCGCUAAUGACAUUACAACACUAUCUCCAAAAUGGUUCAAUAUUCGUCGAGGCACCGUUUUCGCGGCCUUCAUCGGCGGGUGGGCACUUUGUCCCUGGAUUAUCAUGGCCUCCGCUACUGCUUUCUUGAGUUUCAUGUCGGCAUAUGCCAUAUUUAUGGCACCGAUUGCUGGAAUUCUAACCACAGACUACUGGCUCGUCAAACACCGCAGAUAUGAUGUCCCUGCUCUUUACGAUCCCCAUGGCAUUUACCGCUUCGGUUGGGGUGCCAAUUGGAGAGCAUUGCUUACAACGUUAGUGGUCAUCUGCCCGUUGCUUCCAGCUCUAGGGCACAAAGUUACACCACAAAAUGUCACUAUUAGCGAAGGACUUCAGCAUCUCUUCGAUUUCAAUUGGAUAUAUGGCUUUGUGACAUCGAUUUUGGUAUACUAUAUGCUCAACCUCGUGUCCCCUCACCGCGCUACUUUGAUUCCAAAAGUAAUACAUGGGCACCCGUAUAUAGAUAGCAUCGAGGCAGACGCAGAAAGCCAGCAGACUACGAGCGACAACGACAGAAAGGUUGAAGCAGGGUUCUCGGUGGCGAAGGAAUCACGCAGUGCUUCUGGUCCAUAG